GAAGUGACGUCAAGCCAGGAAGUAAAGUUUUAGUAGCUGUUGUCAGCAAAGAUGAAUGACAACUGCGCUUCUAACUAAUAUUAGGUAGCCCUCAUCUCCCAUAAAAAAUGGUUCUUUUCUGUAUUAACGGAGACCGGAUAUGAUGGGCUGAUAGGUCGCUGUAAAUGACUUAGAGAUGACUCAACAGUGGCUUGGAUAUCUGGGUUUGUGGGUUUCUUAUAUUUGGUUUGCUCACUUUAUGAUAUUUUAUAUACCUUUGGGCAAACAUCAAUAACAUGAAAAAAAAUAAUUGUUAAAUAUGUAUUUUCACAUUACACGCUUAUUUCUAUAACACUAUAGAGUACCAUUGAAACCAGUACAGACAAUGUCCUUGGGUGAACAGUCUCAAAAGUGGUUUCCAACUCAUGUCCAAGCCACAGUUCUUCAAGCUGCUAAUUUACAGCCCAAGGGCAAAAAUGGCACCAAUGAUGCAUACACUAUCAUUCAGCUGGGCAAGGAAAAGUACUCAACGUCAGUGGCAGAGAAGACACUCAACCCUGUCUGGAGAGAAGAAGCCUCCUUUGAACUACCAGGGUUACUUUUGGAUGGCAACACAGAAGUCUAUGAGCUGUGCUUCAUUGUAAUGCAUCGGUCCUUGGUCGGGCUGGACAAGUUCCUCGGCCAGAGAUCCAUCAACCUUAACGAAGUGUUUGACAAUAAGCAGCGACAGAAAACUGACUGGUACACCUUGCAGUCCAAACCAUCAAAAAAGAAGAAGGAGCGAGGACGCAUACAAGUCAGCAUCCAGUUUAUGCGGAACAAUAUGACAGCCAGUAUGUUUGACCUCUCCAUGAAAGAGAAGCCCCGCUCGCCUUUCUCUAAACUUAAGGUGAAAAUAAAGGGCCGCAAACAUGAUAGUGACACGUCUUCAGCCAUCCUACCUCGCUCUGCAGCAUGUGACUCAGAUCCUAACCACAAUCCAACUGCCCCAGAACUACGAACACAGCCUGAAAUCAAGGCUAAACGAUCACUACUUUCUGGGGCCCAGAAGCUGUCUGCAGCCCACUCCAUGUCAGAUCUCAUUGGGACCCACUUUCGACCCAAACCGGACUCCAUGAAUUCCAUAGAAGAAAGUGGUGGUACAGCUGGUCCUCACAGGCGUUCCCAGAGUGAGGUACCAGGCCUCCAAGACAACGAGGCACACGGUGACCCUUUUACUGAUAUCAGUGACACCCUGCCACAGAAGUAUGCCACGCUCCCACGCAACCGCAACCCAUUUGAGGGGGAGCAAGGGCAGCUGUGGGAGAAGCCCAAGGAGAAAAAGGAAAAGAUCAGCCUACUGGAACGGAUGACUGGAAAGAAAGAUGGUCGCAAGACCAGCAAUGGCGGCCGUGCAGGCAGUUCAGGCAGUUUUGGAGACCUGCGCUCCCCUAACCCUUUUUGUGGCGACUCACAAGUACACACUAACCCUUUCGGCUCCAACUACAAAGUAAGUGAAAUAAAGCCACCUGGAAAUGAAGACAUCGCCCUGGACCGAGGGAGCAGGGACGUCUACGCCAUGAAAAAUGAAGUGUUACAGGCGAGUAUGGCAGCCUAUAGAAACUUGUCCUUUGAAGAAGUGGUGCAGGAAGUUGUCAAGCAGAAAGAAGUGGUGAAAAAGAAAGAUGCCCACAUCAGGGAGCUGGAGGACUACAUAGAUAACCUGCUGGUACGUGUCAUGGAGGAAACACCAAGCAUACUGCGCACACCAUAUGAGCCUAAGAAAAAGGCAGGUAAACUCAAUAAAAAGUAGACAGUAGAGGCAGAGACAAUAGACAACAAUAGAGAAGAGUUUGGGAUUUGUUUGCACUUCAGUAUUGUGCGGUAAAUGAAGUGGAAGGACAAUUCAAGAUUAUUGUAUUCAUUACAAUCCUAGUCCUAAUAGACUAAACAAUUAUUGUCUUUCGCCCAAUUACAUAUUUCUAUUCCUAAUCUGUUGAAAGUGACCUGUCCUCUGGUAUUUAGGUACUUAAACAAAAUGACAUGACUUUAUUAGUGGAUUUUGUUCAACCACCCUUAUUUUAGACUGCUCUGGUUCAGUUUCAAUGUUUGCACUUAAAAGUUAACAGUAGUCUAUUGUACUCAGCUUCUAUCUUGUGCUUACAAGCUUUUCAAGUUAAAAAGAAGCCACAUUUCUGUUUACUAUGAGAGAAGAAGCAAAUGUAUGCUGUUUAUUAAAAGGUGAGGGUUUUGUAACACACGUUUACACUUAAGCACACUCUUAAGCCUGCCACAUUAAUUCUGGCUGUUCAUUCCCGAGCUGCUUCCUAAAAGUGUCUCUCGUCUUGCUUUUUAGUGUUUAAAAAAAAAAAAAAAGUCAACAUUCUUCAUUUAAGUCCCUAGACUGUGCUUACAUUUGCUGUAAUUGUGAAGACUAUCAUUUGGGGGUAUUGGUGAAAGUUUUUAGUCAGAAAUUCUCUCUUUACUUAAAGUGCAAUAAUCCUAAUUUAACUAUUUUGGUUCAUUUUAUGAUGGAAUCUGAUUGCAUAUUUCGGUUUAUCUCAACUUUUAAUUAUCUUGGUGUGUUUUGUUACUUAUUAACCAGCCUUCGUCUCUUUCAAUACGGACUACUGGGGUAUAUGUAUUGAUUGACAUUGUCACAGUUCUGUUAUAUAUGAAUACUAAGAUUUUUGUGAGGUACUUUGUCAUUCUGUUACUGUAUCCGAAUACCCUGCUCAAUGUUUCUAUGGUACUAACACUGGUAUAAAAAGGCUUGUAUUAUGGAUUGAUGAAGUAAUGUAUAAUCCUAAUAUGUUAAGGUCAUUUUUGUAUUUACUGCACCACAGUACAUCACAGCACUUUGUUUUUGUAUCCUCUGAAGGGUCCAAAUGCAAACAGUCUUCCGUGCAAAGUUGAUUAACACAGAAUUAUUAAACAAAAACGAAACUGA